AUGGCCGGUGUCCAAGCCAUGCCGUUCACAGCAAGCGAACUUCCCCACUCGGCAAACAAGGAGAGGGCCGGCUUCUGCUGGCAGGGCGUGCCAGGGGCAGCGUCGACGGAUAUCUUUGACCAGUACGUAGAGCUAGGUGACUCCGACGCGGAAUCUGCCUCUGGCCAGAGCGGCGGCUUCGGCCGGCUUGUCCAGCUCGACCAGCUCGAUCAGCUCGGCUUCUCUGAACUGCCGUCCAUGACGCCUCACGUGUCAUUGGACCAGAUAAUGGCCCCGGGCGGAGGAGCUCAGGGAGGACCUGAAGCUCAGAGCCGGCCCUCAGAGCUGAAACGUGAUCAUGAGGUUGCUGGCGCGAGUCCAUCACCCAGAGUCUGCCAACCAAGCCAACAUUUGCACCCGCUUUACCGAGCCCAGACAGAUAUGGUGUUGCUGAACAGCGUCGGCGACACCCCAGGUGGUGGCUCCAUCUCGGACUCGGAGCUGCUGAAUCUCGAAGGGUUGACGAUGCGGUCCCCACGCAUCCAGAUCCCGCACCUGUCUACGUCCGAGCCCGCGUCGCCCCCCUCCGGCGCCGCCAGCCCUCGCAAAGUCAGCCAACUGGGCACACUCUGCACCAAGAUCCGCAACAUGACGGCCACCCUACAAGGGAUGAAUUCAGAGACCUCCAUCCUGCCCGAGGACGUGCAGCGAUUCGUUGCCGGCAGCGAGCCCAACCUCGUCAACGGGUACCUCAGGGGUUCUUUCAACCCCUCUGGCCUGCUCAAUGACCAAUUUGUGCACCCUCUGCAGCUCAACGGCGGCGCGAUGCACCAGACGCCGCUGUCGACUGCCCCCAUCGCGGAUGGCUUGCGGCUGCCCGUGUCAGCUCUCGACGGGAAACCGCUGUGGACGACGGCGCCAGGUACCUACCUCGACGGCGGGGGCGGGGACGACGACGCCAACACGUGGUGGGAUCCAUCCUCGGACGCCAUGGACACCGACGUCCCCGCAGUCUCCUAUCAUGCUGCCGUCAACGAGCGCAGCAGCUCGUUGAACAUGGGUGUUCAGCUACAUCACCGGCAAAGCUUCGAAUACCCGGCCCCGCCGGGCACCAAUGACACCACCAACACCGUCACCACCACCAUCUUCGGUUCAAAAGGCAUGAUGCUGCACACGCCUCAGCCCCGUGGGAUCCCGUCGGCGGUCCUGCAUAGCGACGUCUCGGCCCACCGCCCGACCCGCGCCGACUGUCACCACCGCCGCCCCAGACCACGGGCUUCAUCCUUGAGCGCCCGCCACCACCAGCAGCACCAGUACGGCCCGGGCGUCUCUCCGCGCAAAGGCCGGACGGUCAAAGGGAGCGGGAGCGCCAGCGCCAGCCGAAUUGCCUCGACGUCGCCGUCGCCUCGGCCUCCGGCUUUCGCUCCAGGUCCAAACGGCAGCCUCUUGCACGGCCGCAGCGCCUCCAUGCAGACGCUGCACUACUCGGGUUUGGCCGCAGGGCUAUCAGCGGACGGAGGCGCAGCGAUCCACAAGCGCAAGAGCUGGACGGGCCGCCGCACGUCGUCAUCCUCGUCAUCGCUGCACCAUCAGUACCACGGUCUUGCCAUGACGGCGGCGGCGGCGGCG